GGGAAUGUAAAGAGACACCGUAGUGAGACUAGAACUUGUUUAACAAGGAGCAGGGAGGGUGCGCUGAGCGGUGAGUCGGGAUACUGGCGAAGCCUCCUCGCAACUGAGUCGAGUGUAGUGACCUGAGGUCUUGCCUCACUGGGAAGCCUUUGUAUUUGUGCUGGGAGUGAAUUCCCAAUAUUAACUGCAAGUUAAUUUGCUGCUGGGGGUGGGGGUUAGUGCUGUGUGGAAAGCGGGGGUUUCUCUUGAGUGAGGCGCGAUGGGGGAUGUAAUCUCAACUCACCUUGAUGAGAACCGGCGUCAGUUCAUCACAGAAAGAACUGGGAAGAUUCUGGAUGAGUUUUUUCAGUUCUUCGAGGAGCAAUAUCCAUUGGCUCUCUUCAAUAAGAUCAGGUAUGAGGUUGAAGAAAAUGGUGGACCGCAGCCUCAACUACUUCAAAGAAAGGCCCCAUUAAAGGAUAAAGUUAUCUUCUCCGGCAACCUCUACCAGUACAUGGAAGUAAACAGAAAGUGGAAGAACAGAUAUUUUGUUGUACGUGAUGACUACAAUGUUGCAUUUUAUGAUGGCAAAAUGGCCUUUGACAGAGGAGCCAGCCCAAAGGGAGUAAUUAAUUGUGCAGGCUACAAGGUAUUGAAGUCAAUGGAUCGAUAUCUGGAACUGAUUAACAACAGUAUGCCAGGGAUCAAAGGAAAGGCCAGCAACUCCCCAUUUCUGAAGUGGCCAACUGAGCAUUGCACUAUCUUAUGGCACCCAUACGAACAUCAUUAUUACUUUUGUGUUACAUUGGAGAAAGAACAGCAGAAGUGGCAUGCUGUGUUUCAGGAUUGUGUGCGGCAUCUCAACAACGGAUUGCCUGAAGAUUGCAAAGUAGAGACCCCAGCCUUCUCAGAUGCUGUCCGAUUGUAUCGUCAGUCAAAAGAUCAAUAUGGCACCUGGGACAUGUUGUGUGGCAAUCAAGCACAGAUUAUAAGUAACUUGGUAAUGGAGGAACUUCUACCAGAGCUGGGAACAGUGAUUCAUCCAAAGCUGAAGGGCAAGUUUCAUGACCGACAGAGGGCUUGGAUCCUGAUCACAGAGGCUGUGCAUAAAAUGGUUCUGGCACAGACAAAAGUCCGAUAUGAAGCUGUUUUACAAAAAUGUGAGGAAGCUCGCCCUGGAUUGGAAAGCAGGAUUCGUCCGGACAUGGACCAAAUUAUCAGCUCAAAGGAACACGUGGGAAAUAAGAUCAGAGUUUAUGUAAUGCCUAAAGCUGAAGCUUGUGUUCGGAAUCAAGUCCAGCCUUACAUCUCUUCCAUCCUUGAUGCGUUGAUGGGUCCAACCAGCAGGGGCUUUUCUGAAGUCAGGGACCUGUUUUUCAAAGAAAUUGUGGAAAUGAAUAAGAAUGUUCUGAAUGAAGGAGGCCAGCACAAGUUGGGGGAGUACAUGGAGAAGCUGAGUGUGCUACCUUAUCACCCAGUGAAGAUGCAGAGCUGCUACGAGCACCUAGAGCAGCUGCAACCACAGCUUGAGGGCCUUCAACAACGCUUCGAUCUCUCCAGCCCAGCAGUGUUUGUCCAGCGUGGUCAAAUUCUGAUGAGAGAGCUGUUGGAUAACACAGUGUAUACAUUUGAACAGCUGCUCCACCAAAAUCUUGGCAGUUCCCCCGAUAAGGAACAGUUGUGCAAGACAAUCCAGCGCAUCCAGGAGAGAGUGCUUAAGAAAUACGACUAUGACAGCAGCACUGUUAGGAAGAAGUUUUUCCGAGAAGCACUGCUCCAGAUUACUAUUCCAUACAUGCUAAAGAAUCUCUCUUCAUCUGUCAACACGGCUCUACCUAAAUUUCAAGAAUAUAUCUUUGAGGAUUUUUCCAAGUUUAUCCUGGUAGAUAAUAUCUUUGAAGAGGUGGUUCUCCAAUCUGUCUCAAAAGACAUAAUGCUAGCCGUGAAGGAAGCAGCUGUUCAAAGAAAGCAUAACCUCUUUAGAGACAGCAUUGUGUUGUCCAACAGUGAUCCCAACCUGCUCCUUCUUGAAGACCAACCUAUCAACUGGAACAGUGAGUUUGGCAACCAAGAAAGCAGUGGGCCUGAAAAUGCAAGUGAUAAACGGAAAAGGAUGAAGCAGGUGGUAUCAAUGAUUCAAGAUGAUGGCAUUUCCCAUCCCGAGGAGGUUGACGUUAUGGAUGAUCUCAAAGAAGUAUCGGAAGAGGAGCAAGUUGGAAGUGAUGACUCAUCAGAGCCUUGCAGCCCAGUCAAAUCACCCGAUAGUGUCAAAGAGAUUCGUGACCUGUUGACAAUAGCUAAAAUUGAAACCACUGAAGAACAUGCACCAGCGGAGAGUGCCCUGAGCAAUGGAGCAGUUUGUAAGAGUGCAAAAGUACCUGAGAGGAACCCUUCUGAAGAAACUGAAUCCAAGUUGCUCCAAGAGCAGCACCAGGCAUCAGUACAGUCCUCCUCUUCAACUGAGAAAACAGAAGAUGGCAUCAGUUCUACUACCAGCACUCCAGUAAUGAUCUUGCCUGAAGAAAAUGAGUCACACCAAGAGAAAGUGACUGUUUGCCAACAAGAUUCUAACGAUAAAGAAACUGGAGAGGAGGUUUCUUCAAAGAUCACUGAAGCUGCAGAAGAUUCUCAUGAGGCAUGUAAGCAAGUACAAGAAACAAAACCAGAAUCUUAAUUGCUGGAGAAUAGAUUUGGCUGCAGUCAGUACUGGAAUUCCAAAAAGAAUUGUGUGGCUGUUAGCCUUGAAUGCAGUUUCCCGACUACUGCAGUGGUAACGCAAUGGCCCUGAAGUUCACUUGAGAACUGUUCCAGUUCCUCACCAUAACUAUGAGGGGAGAUUGGCAGAAGGCCUGCAGAAUUUCAGGGCUGCUCUGUGUGGGUUUUUUCCUGUUCAUCAUCACAUUGUAGAGUUUCCGCACCAAAAUGCCUAAUGGUGUACGUUCCAUCUUGGGUGCUUGUUUUCUUACUCUGCAGUAUACGUUAAUACAGUACAUCCUGCUUAGUGUCCUUUUUUUUGUUAUACAUUGCAAUUUUAUUUUCUGGCGCUUCAAGCAUUUUCAUUAGACCUCCUUCAUUUGAGCAGAUUUUGUUGUUUGAUUCCUGAUUUGGUUUAUUAUACUUAAGCCUGCAUUUUCGCACUUAUAGUUUGUCAUCUUAUCAUGGUCAGAUGCCACCCGUGCAAUAGGAUCAGAAUCCCCAUGUAGUGCUCAGUUGUUAAUGCAGAAUAAUGGUUUACUCACUUCACCAUAACGUCAUUAGAAAAUGGUUCAUCUUGAUUAAAUUGAGAGUGUUACUUCACAUCAGGAUCAUGCUGUGUUAAUGUCAGUUGUGUACCAGGAUAAGGUAUUACAGUUUUCAAUGAAUGAAACACAAAAGAUAAUUUGCUAUUGGUAAAUGCUCCUUUGUUUUUGAGAAUUGCUACAUAAUGUUGCUUGCAUUUGUUCUUUGAGACUUGCUGCAUUUUCGUCUAUUUUAUGCAAUGUGGCACCAUUAAAUCAGUUAUAAUGAUCUACUAGCUAUUUAGGGAAAAUACUUUAAACCAAAAUACACCUUUUCUGUACUGAGAUUUUGAAACCUAAUCUACAAUCAAGAAUUAGUUGCAAUUAAUGGUGUAUUAUGUAUUUGUGAAUUAUGUGCCAUAAAAUUCUUAUUGUUCAGCAAUAACCUAUACAGCAAUAUUGACUGCCAUGUUUACAGUCGCUAGAUUCUGUCUUACAAGAUUGACUAAUGAUCAUAUAAGCCUCUUGCAUUGUUUUCAUUGACAAGUCUAUCUAAAGUACCUUUAAUAAUUCACUGUAAAAAUGAAUGUGGUAUGAUGGAGUAAUUAAACUAACAAUGGAAAAGUGAAUCAUCAUAAACUAUAGCAAGCAUUUCUAGGAUGCAUUUUUACAGGCAGAAUCUCUCUCUAGUCGUAUAUUUCUGAAGCAGGUUUGCAAGUCUGUUCCAGUAUUCACAAACAUCCCAGACAGUGUAAAUUGUGCUAGUUACAUUUUUUUUGUUUAAAGUAAGAAGGGGAAUGAGUCCAAGUUCACUUUCAACCAUACAGUAAUUGACGAACAGCAACUCUUGUGGCAAACAUGCCAAAGCUAAUGGCUCUUAAGUGUGCAAUCCUGGUCAAUUAACUGUUAGACAGUUGGUUAAUAUGUUAAUAUGGAGUAGAGAAACAACCAUGGAAUAUGGUUUCCAUUGGUGAAAGGGAGUCCAGAUUUUUUAAAACUGCAUUCUACCAAUUCUAUGCCACGAUUUUAGGCCAAAUAUUCCAUGACCUGCUCAUUAGAAAAGAAGUUUCUUUUAUUUAAGAGAUUUUAUUUCAUAUUAUUUUGCUUAAAUGCCUAUUUAACUAUUAAAUAUUGCUGGAGUCUGCUUGGGAUAAGCAGUUGAAGCUUGUUGGCAUGACCUUUAGUUUGACACUAAGUGGGCUUUUUCUAUUGUAUUAUAGUUUAUGAUUAAAGGCUUUCACUGACUGGACAGGAAAUAAAAAUAUAUAAACGAUUUUUUAAUUUUAUUGAAAUGCGUACUAUGUUCAAAAUAAUAAUGCUGGUGUGCCCAAAUCUGUACCAUCCCAGUUAGAGGCAUGUAACACUCCUUUGUUUUCCUCUCUCUAUUGCUGCUUUCAACUUGAGGGUUUUACAGAUGCUACCAGUGAUCAUGAUACCUGGUCACCCCUGAAUUGUGGGUUCCCAUGGAUGCUCAAAAGUAUUUUAUUAAGCUGCCUUUUUGCAAAAUAUGAAUUUAAUAAAGUUUUCAUUAGGACCAAA